UUGAGAAGCACAACUAUAUAAAAUGGAUUGUUAGAGUCACUUUGUACCAAUUUUCCACCGGCAUCCAUUCAGCUAACAAACAGAGGGACUGUGUGAAGAUGUGGAGAUCAACUUGCAUUACUUUGACCUUGCUCAUGUGUGUUAAAGGUUCACUUUCUCAGCUGAAUGUUUGUGGACAAGCCCCUCUAAACACCCGUAUUGUGGGUGGUGUGAAUGCGCCUGAUGGGUCAUGGCCGUGGCAGGUCAGUCUGCACAGCUCUACCUAUGGAGGUCAUUUUUGCGGAGGCUCCCUCAUCAACAGUGAAUGGGUGCUGACGGCAGCUCACUGUUUACCUGAUGUCAGCACAUCCAGUCUGCGUGUGUACUUGGGAAGGAGGACACAGCAGGGAACCAAUGCCAAUGAAGUCAUGAGAACUGUGAGAACGAAAAUCGUUCACCCCUCCUACAACAGCAACACAAAUGACAAUGACAUCGCUCUGCUGCGUCUGUCCUCCACCGUUACCUUCAAUAACUACAUUAGACCCGUGUGUCUGGCGGCCCAGAACAGCGUCUUCAGUGCUGGCACCAGCAGCUGGAUCACAGGCUGGGGAGAUGUUCGGUCUGGAGUGAGCCUACCUGCUCCUGGGACUCUGCAGGAGACUAUGGUUCCAGUGGUGGCUAAUAAUCAAUGUAAUAAUCUGCUGGGUUCUGGAUCUGUUACCAGCAACAUGAUCUGUGCUGGUUUAACGCAGGGAGGCAAGGACACCUGCCAGGGUGACUCUGGUGGUCCAAUGGUGAGUCAGCAGUGUACAGUGUGGGUUCAGGCUGGGAUCACCAGCUGGGGGUAUGGCUGUGCCGAUCCCAACUCUCCUGGGGUAUACACCCGUGUGUCUCGGUAUCAGUCUUGGAUCACUAACAACAUCAGACAGAACCUGCCGGGAUUUGUCACCUUCAACCCCCCAAACUCCUGCUCCUCUGCCAGUCUAACCUCAACCUCCUGUAGAGGGAGAUGCAAUGAGAAGUACAACAUUUCAAAUCGCUGCAACUGCAAUACUAACUGCACGACAAAAUGCUGCAGUGAUUACCAAAAGCGUUGUGCUGUGUGAAGUAUGUCUUAACUCCAUGGAUUAUUCAAAAGCAGGCUUAUGAGCACCUCACUUGCACACAAGUCAGGUGAUAAAAGAUCUUUAUCUGCCUGUUCUUCCAGGAGAUUUUAAUUCAUUGCUGAUUUCGGAAACGUUGCACAGUCAGAAUGCAAACAGUCUUUCAAAGAUCUGCUGCACUGACUUCACUCAGGGGUGUAAAUGUAUAUGGUUUAUGUUCAACAACAGCACUUACCUCACACCAUUAGUAGCUUUUCCUUUCCCUCUCUCUAUUUUGUUUUUCUCUCUUUCUAGUUCUAGCAUGUAACCAACAAGAUUAAUUACAGGCACUUCUUCAUUUAGCAUAUGCACAUUUCUUAUAUAAAAAUGUGUAAUAACAAUGACUUGGAAUUUAAAAUGGAUGUCUUUGUAAUCACUACAUUUCUGCUGACAAAUAACUGGGCAUUUCUUUGAGUUUAAAUUCAUAUUUAUGUCACUGAAUUCUUGAAUAUGUAGUUUUUAUAUUAAGCAAUGUAAGUAUAAUAAUAUAUCAUGAGUUCCAUCAGAAUCAUUAAAUACUUCAAAACA